UGCAUCACGCCUCCGGUUUGCCCAGUCUUUCGUUCAGUCCUAGUGACGUUACGUUCUUUUCAUUGCGCUAUAGUCGCACAGUCGCUCCUUUUGAAUCUUGAUUGAUCUAUUUCAUUCUUUACCGGCCGGCCACGAUGAAGUCUUUCGUUUCUUCCGUUGUAACUUUCACCACCUUUCUUUCAUUACUAGCGAACACGCAGGCCGCGAUCAACUCUACCGAUGAACCGUCAUGCGGAGUUGCCAAGACAGACGAUAGCUACUUCAGUGUUGUUGGAGUGCAGGGUACAGGAGUGCAUCCGAGGCAAGAGUUACGCGAGCUUGAGAAGGACACGGAAGUGUGGAACAUCUUCUUGCAAGCUUUCGCUGGAUUCCAGGCUAUGGACCAGAGCGCGAAGGCGUCUUACUACAAAGUCGCAGGAAUACACGGAGCUCCCUUCGGACAAUGGGAUGAUGAGGCUGGUAUAGAGGGCCAAGAAAUGAUGGGCUACUGCCCUCAUGGGAGCAACAUGUUCGGCCCCUGGCACCGACCUUACCUCGCUCUCUUCGAGCAGAUCCUUCAUGAUCGUGCUUUAGAUAUCGCAAAGGAUUAUCCGGCAGGUGAGGCUCGAGACAAGGCUAUGGAGAUCGCCGAAAAGGUGCGCCUGCCCUACUGGGACUGGGCCGUGGACCCACCCAACAGCGAGGAAGGAUGCAUGCCUGCAAGUCUCCGUAGCUCGACAGCUACUGUGAUUUUCCCAAACGGUACUACGGGCAGCAUUGCAAACCCGUUGUAUCGCUACGACUUCCAUCCUCUGGUCUACGAUGACUUUGCACCUUUAAGCGAAUUCCAGUUCAAGAACUGGAACAAUACUAUUCGCUUCCCAAUUGAUGGUUUCGCCAUCAACGCUACCAGUCGCAACGAUGCGGCGAAUGAACGCAUUAGCAGACAGCAGCCAAACAAUCGUGAUAUGCUUUACAAACUGCUGACGAUGUACCAACCGUACAACCAAGUUAGUAACAAAGCCAACGGUGGUACUAUUGGAAACUUAGAGACGCUCCAUGAUGGCCUGCACAAUGCUUUCGGCCUGGGUCACAUGGGUAUUGUCGAAGUAUCGGCAUUCGAUCCCGUUUUUUGGUUCCACCACGCGAACAUGGACCGCAUUUUCGCCCUUUACCAGUACAGAUACCCUGACACCUGGGUCGAGGAUUCAGCACAGGCUAAGGGUACUUUUGCAGUUGCCAAAGGUGCCAUCGAGGGUGCUGCAACGCCGCUUGCGCCGUUCCACAUGAAUGCUCUCGGUGACAUGUGGACUGCGACAACAUCCCGCAAUUGGACAUCGUUUGGCUACACGUACCCUGAACUGGUCUCAAAUCCCUCCAACCGAACCUUCACUGCGACACUCAACAAGCUAUACAAGCCAUCUACACAGGGCCUGGGCAACAGUACGAACACGACCAUUCUGGCGCCUGGUGUUGGUAGUGGUAAUAACACCACCAACAGCACUACGAAAGCGAUCGACUGGCUGUGCGAAGUUAAGAUGCCGACUGACAUCCAAAUCUCGUAUUCUGUCCGCGCUUUCUUGGGCAAACCAGAUGCCGAUCCGAAGAACUGGCCCACGGAUCCCAACUAUGUCGGUCAACUCGCCUCAAUGUCUUCCCCUCGCAUGAGCUCGGACGUUAUAGUCACGGGUAACAUUGUACUCACCGAAAGACUGGCACAGAAGCACCAGUCGGGCGAGUUGAAGAGCUUGAACAAGGAAGACGUCGCAGCCUACCUGAAGGCCAACUUCAGUUGGCGCAUCCAAGCUUUGGACUACAGUGAGAUCCCUCGUAACAGCCCGCCUAUCGGUCUCACUGUUACCGUUUUCAACGUUCCUAUCUCGAUCCCUCGGUCGGACGAUGAGGUGCCUGGUUGGGAUGGCGAGGUUGAGUACAACCACGAUAUCGAAGGCAACCCACCUGUCUACAACGGCCCCGGUCCUCAUGGCACAAACUCUACUACUCCUGCCGAUAACACUGCCGGACACUUUGACUCUUCGUCUGGCGAGUGGGUAUGGAACAACGCCACAGCCUCUGCCGCUUAUGGUCGAGUCGGAGGCCAGGGCGAGACCAGGGUCGUACGGGAGACAGAGAUGUUCACCCAGUACAUCACUGUUGGUGCCGACGCCACUCCUACGCCUGAGGUUGAACCCUCGACGACUACUGCGCCUGCGAUUUCUGAGACACGUGCAUCGAGCACUAUCAAUAUUCGUACGAGGACGAAGUUCAUGACCUCUAUUAUCAUCGAGUAUGCUACCGUCUUGCCUGGCAAGAAAUGAGCCACUGACCACACUCUUUCUGCUUGCCCUUCUUCUCAUGUAUAUGAUGCGCGCCCGCUCGUUUGCUCUCGUUCAUAUCCGCGGGUAGGCGCUCAAGUUGU